CAGAGACCGGGGACAACCAGGUGCUAAGGCCUUACAUCAGUUGAUUUCACUGUCGAGCCGAGGGAGGAGUUCAUCAAGGAAAUCACCUGCUGCGUGAGCUCGAGCUGGAAUCAAACCCUGCCGCACUCGAAUGAACCUUAAAACGGACGCGGCUUGGCGUCAGCUGCUUUUUCAUGUCCAUCACAUGAAUUGACUGUCAACAUGCAAGAUGGCCACGCAUCACAGGCAAAAUGCUGCUGGGCGGAGAAAAGUACAGGUGUCAUAUGUCAUUAGAGAUGAGGUGGAGAAAUACAAUCGAAAUGGGGUGAAUGCACUCCAGCUAGACCCUGCGCUGAACCGGCUCUUCACUGCUGGGAGGGACUCUAUCAUCCGGAUAUGGAGUGUUUACCAGCACAAGCAGGACCCGUACAUUGCCUCUAUGGAGCAUCACACAGACUGGGUUAAUGACAUAGUUCUUUGUUGCAAUGGAAAAACAUUGAUAUCUGCCUCAUCAGAUACAACAGUCAAAGUAUGGAAUGCACACAAAGGGUUCUGUAUGUCAACGUUACGAACACACAAGGACUAUGUGAAGGCUUUGGCCUACGCUAAGGACAAGGAGCUGGUGGCGUCUGCAGGUCUGGACCGGCAGAUCUUUCUUUGGGAUGUGAACACACUAACAGCACUCACUGCUUCCAACAACACUGUUACCACCUCUUCAUUGAGUGGGAACAAGGACUCUAUCUACAGUCUGGCUAUGAAUCAGAUGGGCACAGUCAUUGUAUCUGGAUCCACAGAAAAGGUUCUAAGAGUAUGGGAUCCUCGAACAUGCGCAAAACUGAUGAAGCUAAAAGGUCACACAGACAACGUCAAGUCGUUGCUGUUGAAUCGAGAUGGCACUCAGUGUCUGUCGGGCAGUUCAGACGGGACUAUCCGCCUGUGGUCACUCGGCCAGCAGAGGUGUAUCGCCACCUACCGGGUGCACGAUGAAGGGGUGUGGGCCCUGCAGGUCAAUGAGGCCUUUACACAUGUCUAUUCUGGAGGCAGGGACAAAAAGAUCUACUGCACUGACCUGCGUAACCCAGACAUCCGUGUGCUAAUCUGUGAGGAAAAGGCCCCGGUGCUCAAAAUGGAACUGGACAGAUCUGCUGACCCGCCUCCAGCAAUCUGGGUCUCAACCACCAAGUCAUCCGUUAAUAAAUGGUCUCUAAAGGGAAUGCACAACUUCAGAUCAUCAGGAGAGUAUGACAACGACUGCAGUACCCCUCUGACACCACUGUGUACUCAGCCAGAGCAAGUUAUCAAAGGAGGUGCCAGUAUUAUCCAGUGCCACAUUCUGAAUGACAAGAGACACAUACUCACCAAAGAUACCAACAACAAUGUGGCUUUCUGGGAUGUCCUAAAGGCUUGCAAGGGUGAAGAUUUGGGGAAAGUGGAGUUUGAUGAAGAGAUUAAAAAGCGUUUCAAGAUGGUCUAUGUGCCAAAUUGGUUCUCUGUUGAUCUGAAAACUGGGAUGCUCACUAUCACAUUGGAUGAGAGCGACUGCUUCGCCGCCUGGGUGUCUGCAAAGGACGCAGGGUUUUCAAGCUCUGAUGGAUCCGAUCCAAAGUUGAACCUGGGUGGACUGCUCCUGCAGGCUCUGCUAGAGUUUUGGCCCAGGACUCGCAUUAACCCCAUGGAUGAGGAAGAGAACGAGGUGAACCAUGUGAAUGGAGAGCAGGAGAACAGGGUCCAGAAAGGAAAUGGAUAUUUCCAAGUGCCACCACACACACCAGUUAUCUUUGGGGAAGCAGGAGGCAGAACUCUAUUCAGGUUGCUAUGUAGAGAUUCAGGUGGAGAGACUGAAUCCAUGCUGCUGAAUGAGACAGUCCCACAGUGGGUUAUUGACAUAACAGUAGAUAAAAAUAUGCCCAAAUUCAACAAAAUCCCAUUCUACCUCCAGCCCCAUUCUUCUUCUGGUGCAAAAACUCUAAAGAAGGAUCGUCUCUCGGCCAGUGACAUGCUCCAGGUGAGGAAGGUGAUGGAGCACGUUUACGAGAAAAUCAUCAACCUGGACAAUGAGUCGCAGACCACCAGCUCCACGGCGAACGAUAAGCCCGGGGAGCAGGAGAAGGAGGAGGACAUGGCCAUGCUAGCCGAGGAGAAGAUUGAGCUCAUGUGUCAAGACCAGGUUCUGGAUCCCAACAUGGACCUGCGAACAGUUAAACAUUUUAUCUGGAAAAGCGGAGGGGACUUGACGCUUCACUAUAGGCAGAAGUCCACGUGAAAGUCAGAAUUUUUAAAACAAGAACUCUUCAUUUGCCAAUCACCACCCACCUCUGACAUAUAGUACCCUAAGCCCCCAUUAUGUGGUCAACAGUCGCAGUAUCAAUGAGAAUCCAGUAAAAUUUGUGAGGACAUGGCUCACGGUGUAUCAUAGGGAACUGACCAUAACAGGCCGGAGCAGCCCACAGACACCUGGGAGACAAG